AAAAGCGCGUACGAGGCGCAGACGCGGCCCUAUCGAGCGCACUCGACAAGCGGCGACACGGCGAGCAAGCCAGUCAUUCGAGUAAUUCGACUGCUGUGCAGUAUGCUAUUCCUUUUUCUAUAAUAAUACUGAUAAGAAUGCUAGCAAGUAAUAGUGCGGUAUGGGAAGACUGAUGUCGAAAGAACUGACGAUUUGCAAUUUAGUGGAGCGUAACGGAAAAUCGUCUAGUGUUUUUGUCGCAAGAGAGAGCAGGAGAUAGAAGAGAAGAGAGGAUGCGCGCUUGGGCAUGGUGGUUUGCUCUGGUGGGUGCGAUGGCAGGCGCGCGCGAACUGGACCCGGCGGCGUGCGCGACGCGCUUCGACGUGCAACGUGACAAAAUAAUACGCACGGAGGAGUCGCGCGACAUGGGCGCGCGAUACCUCUCCGAGCUGGACGUGGGGACCCGCCAGGAGUGUCUCCGGCUCUGCUGCGAGACGGACUCCUGCGAUGUCUUUGUUUACGAGGAAAAGAGUCCAGGCAGUUGCUACAUGUUCAACUGCGGGCCGCCGGAAGACUUCAGGUGCAAGUUCACAGCGCAUAGUAACUUUAGCAGCGGCGUGCUGGCGCUCAGCCGGCGUCUGGCCGAGCUGCAGGACCAAGAGCGGCUCGCGCACCACGAGCACGAGCUCGCCAGCCUCAGGAGUGCGACGAGCAGCACGUCAACAACGACCACAACUACCAGUCCGCCCCCUCCACCGCCGCCGCCGAUGCACCCCCAGCCGCCCGAACCACCUCAGAUACCAACGGGCCGAUGCAGCCGGUACCAGUUCGAGUGCCGGCGCGGCGGCGAGUGCAUCGCGGUGUACAACGCGUGCGACGGCGUGCCGCAGUGCGCCGACGGCAGCGACGAGGCGCCCGAGCUGGCGUGCCCGCCGCCCGCGCAGCAGCCGCCGCCCGCCACCGCGCCGCCGCCGCCGCCGCCACCGCCGCCCUCCAAACAUGUACAUGUACAAGAGAGCUCAGAAUCAAGCGUGAGCGACAGUGUGGCGAUGGAAGGCGGGCCCGCGUUAGGCGGCGAGCGGUGGCCGCACAGACUUGCGCAGGCGCAGCCACAGCACAGGUACAAUGAGGCAGGUCGCAGUUCACAUAUCUUCAGUCACAAGGGCGGGCUUCUGCAAGACACGGAACCGCAGAUGCCAGGGCCGGGGCAGGCGAUGGGCGCGCAGUACGGGCCGCCCUUCGAGCCGCCCUGGCCGCGACGGCCCUGGGGGCAACCACAGACAGGUCUAGACUGGGGGGUUGGCGGUGGGUACGCUCGCCCAGAGUGGUCUGAGCCUGACCCGCGCCGCGCCUGGCCCGUGCCCCAGCCUCGUCCUGACCCUGAAAUGACAGUGUACAUACCGCCGAAGACAAUGCCCGAAAUGCCAAUGGUAUACACGAGUCAGCAGCAAACACUCCGGGACAGUCCAAAGAAGGGGUUCGAUCUGGACAAGAAGGUACAGGAGGUAACAGAAGCGCCGCUGUCCCCACCGGCGGUACAGCCUGAUCGCAGAGAAGAAACGCCACCUAUAGAAAACACCACUAAGAAAAAAGUGAUUCCUGAAAAAACUUCAACGUCGUCAAAGUCUGAGGCAAGUGCGUCACGAGGUAGCGGAGCCCCGGCUGGCGGCGGCACGACCGCGGCGGGUAGUGGUCGAGGCGGGGCCGGGGCGGCGGCGGGACCGGCGUUGGAGCCCGCGGCGGUCCACGAGCACUACGCGGCCGACGACCACGACGGGCUCAGCGAGCACCCGCCCGCCGCCAUUCUGCUGCUUGUGCUCGGUAUCGCUAUGACGACGGUGAUGGCCGCAAUGGUGGGGUGCAGGGCGCGUGCAGCGCGGCGGCGGCUGCGACGGGGGAAGUCACCUUUCGCCCACGACGCUGACUACCUGGUCAACGGCAUGUACCUGUAGGCACACACUGGGACCAGUUGCACAGACAUCAGAAACCUGCCCCGUUGCUCUGGACAAGUGGCAAGCGAUAUCGAUAGAUACGUUAUCGCUGUCGUAUGCACGAGAUAGAAUGAGAUAGCAACAUCUGGAGCCUUUUUCUUUGUCAUGCGUGUAAAAGUUACAACUACUACUUGUGUCAAGGUAUCUUCCUUUCAUAUCAAGAAUUUCAAGGCCACCUUCGUGUAAAACGACGUUAGGAACUAAACUAAGAUAUGCCUUACUGGACGACGCCUUUACAAUCAGAAGGGACAAUAUUUUUUUUGUCCAAAAUAUCAAUAUGUAGAUUCAGAGUACGAGAUUCGACCUUGGGAUCUAUGAACUGGCAUGCAGAAAGGAAAACAUACCUAACGAUAGAUUCGCUUGUCACUUAUCCAAAGAGGUUGUAUACCAGGAUUGCAUUGCGUAUACUUUAAAGACAUGAAAAAUCAACAGAAAAAAUAUGGUUUAUUUUUAAUUGAAAGACAGUUCAUCUGCUGUGUUGCUGAUUUGGCGAAAGAAAAAUAGACAUAGAAAAGAUUUAUCUAAAGAGUUUCAGUAUGAAUGGAUGACGCGUGUUGUGAGGUAUGUGAUUUAUGAAGUUACCCUACUACUAAUAUUUAUACUAGCCAUAUCUCUAUUUCCAAAUACAUCAGAAAAGUUACAAAUAAUUAUAUAAACUUAACAAAAUCAAUGAAUUAGUCAAAGCUCUUGAUAAUUCUUUAAGUUCAAUAUUUUAUUUUUGUUAGCGAUAAAAUUUGGGUCAUGAAAACGUGAAACGCAUUCAUAUCUAGUCUUCUAAAGGGAUUGUUAGCAAUGGAGUUUGACAGCCCCAUUGCUAGCAAUAUAGCCUAUUAGGUCGAUCUCCACGUGGUUCCUCCUGGAAACCAUCGUGAACAAUUCUUGUUGAAUUCGUCAUGAUGGGCUAACUGACCUACUUCAUCCUCACCUAUCAUCCUUCACUGGUGCUCCGCCAGCGUAUCCCGAUAGCGCAGGCGGGGUUACCAUUCCAUUAUCACCCAUUAAAAAAAAAUACGAAUAGUCUUUUGUCCAUAAACAAAGUUUUACAUGCCUACUUAAUUUUAAUGAAAUUAAUUUAUCUUUAUUAUUAUCCAUUCCAAAUUGUUUUUACUUGUAUAUCGCACUACAGAGCAAGUAAUCGCUAUGGUAUAUUUUGUACUAAUAUUUUUUUUUUUUUUUAUAAUUGUAACCGUUCUGUCAUAGACAAUCGAAUAGGUUAUGUCUUUGCAAAUUAAGGUACAGUUGAUCCGUGGUUGAUCCAAUCAAUUACGUGCAGCUGUACGCAGUAGCAAUCGGCUAAUUUUGAUAGCUACUGGGCUGUUUAUCAUUAGUGCACGAACAGUAAUAUGGUUUAUGACAGAAAACCAUAUUCACGUAUCGCACCUAACGCUGUCGAUGGCGAUAAAGCUAGGUAGGUAUAUAGGUAACUCGUUUACAGAGUAAGUAACGGAAAUUACAUAACUAAUAUUUUUUUUAUAUAUUCUUGAACAUAUACAGUGAGUGUAAAAAGUAUUCGUACACCUAGGGUUAUAAUAAAAAAAAUACGAAUUUGAUAGACUUUCCUCUAUUUAUUUAAUUUAAAUCAAUACUGUUAAAUAGUUUAACAUUCCCGCACUUUUUUAUGAUAAUUUUUGUUUUUUAAAAAAAAAAUUAUACAACUUAAAAAUAUUUUUACGUUAACUAUGCAAAUAAUGACAAACAAAAAGUAUUCGUACAUUCAUUCUUUUUUAAAUGAAAUUCUGUAUAAAUCAUUUAUUCAAUCGAAUUUUUCAUAUGCCUACAAUGCCAAGGUCAUUUUUAAUACGUAGGUAUAGAUAUUAGACGUUUUAGUUGCACUCGUGACAAGUAUAGACGUGUUUAGUUACAAAAAUGGUCGUAAAGCAAAAGAAACGAGUGAAGAGGAGAGAAAAAUAAUUAUUAAUUUGCAUAAUCAAUGCAAAUCAUUAUGUGAAAUUGCAAAAUUUGUCAAUAGACCACGUUCAACCGUACAGACUGUAAUUGAUCGAUUUUCUAUUACUAAAACACUAAAAAACAAACCCAGAGGUGGGGCGUCCAUCAAAAAUCACGCCUCGAUUGGAUCAGAAAUUUUUAAAUUGUGUAAAAAAAAAUCCAAAAAUUAGUGCCGCUCGAGUGUUACAAGAAAUUAAUAAUAUCAAUGAUUGCCAUAUUUCUGUCAGUACCGUUCGGAACGUAUUACGUAGUAACGAUUAUCAUGGAAGAACUGCGCGUAAAAAGUAUUGGGUAAAUGAUAUUAAUAGAAAAAAAAGAUUAGAAUUCGCAAAAAAAUAUAUUAAUGAAAAAAAUCAUUUUUGGCAAACUGUUAUUUACUCAGAUGAAUCGAAAUAUAAUAUUUUCAAAUCGGAUGGACAUCAUAUGGUAUGGAGAAAACCUAAUAUGGAAUAUAAGAAAGAAAAUUUAUGUCCAACGGUAAAACACGGUGGUGGGUCAGUAUUUGUAUGGGGUUGCAUGAGUGCUUUUGGGGUGGGAAAACUUGCAUUUAUUGAUGGAAUUAGGGAUCACAAAACGUAUAUUAAUAUUUUAAAAGAGAAUCUUCUCUCUAGUGCAGCUCAAAUGGGUUUUAACAAUAAUUGGAUAUUUUUACAAGAUAAUGACCCUAAACAUAAAGCAUGGAAUAUUAAAGCAUGGAUCCUGUUUAACGCUCCAAAAUACCUAGAGAUUCCUCCUCAAUAACCUGAUAUUAAUAUUAUAGAGCAUGUGUGGGAUUAUCUUGAUAAUAAAAUUCGAAAUCGACCAAUUUCGAGUAAAGAAACACUAAAAAUUGCGCUUCGCGAAGAAUGGACAGUGAUACCGUCUUCUUAUAUUUUCAAACUAGUUGAUUCGAUGCCGCAGAGACUCCAAGCUAUCAUCAAUGCUAACGGUGGUCCAACAAAGUAUUAAUAUUUUUUUAAUAUUCAUUUACUUACAAAUUUUAUAAGUGUACGAAUACUUUUUGUUUGUCAUUAUUUGCUUAGUUAACGUAAAAAUAUUUUUAAGUUGUAUAAUUUUUUUUUUAAAAAACAAAAAUUAUCAUAAACUAAGUGCGGGAAUGUUAAAAUAUUUAAUAGUAUUGAUUUAAAUUAGAUAAAUAAAAGAAAGUCUAUCAAAUUCGUAUUUUUUUUAUUACAACCCUAGGUGUACGAAUACUUUCUACACUCACUGUAUAUACUUAUUUAGUAAAAAAUUUUUGACAUAAAAUAUAAGGAAAAUAAUUAUAUUUAAAAAUAAUUAUAUUUUCUUUAAUGAUCUGCUUUAGUAACUUAAUCUCAAGAUCUGCUUAAUUCGAUUAUGACAAUUUAAAACUAAAUUAUAAAAAGCCUUUUACAACGGAUAGGUUUUGCUAAUGAUGAUAGUGAAGUAGACAAAUUAUAGUAAUUCGUUUGAGAGGUAAAUAAAGGCCAAUUUUAUCUCAUUGCACUUUCAGUUCUAUUUUACUUAUGAUUUGAGUGUCUUUUAGUGUGAAUGCGAUCGAAAAUCUAAUUUAUAGAAACGAAUGUUUGUAACUAGGUAUUUAAUAAUCUUUAAAAUAUUAUGAAACAAAUUGUUAUUAAAAAAAAAAUUGAUAUAAAAGUUUAUAUUAGAUUCUUACUUACCUAGAUAAUUGACAUUGCCUUUUUCAUCGCAUUUUGUACGAGCCUAAAACUCUAUCAAAAUAAUUAAGUAUAUAUAGUUAUGUAUCUACUUAAUUGUAGUGUUACUAUCUAUAAUAUUGGUCAAUAUCAUAGAGAAAUCGUUUGUUUAUGAGAUGUCCGAAGAGUUGUUUAUACAAAGUUUGAGUUUGUGAAUAAAUGUUAAAAAAGA